AUGCUUCGAAGUCAGGAUGAUUUCGAUGAUGAAUGGCAAGAAAUGCCAAUUGAACAUAUUGGCACAUCCGAAGAUCCAGAUCUAAGCUUUGACAAUCUCGAUGACGAUGUAGCCUUGUCGCCAGCGACACGCCGCGCCGUCCGUGAAGCCAAAACGAUGCGUCGACGUCGUGAGCAUUUGCGGGGCCGAGGGACGACAGCGCAAGGUGGCACUUCGAAUGUCGCAGGAAAGCACCUUGAUGUUCACGAUGUGCGUGGCUACGAUUGGCGUACACGUCCCCAUGCGGACAAAGAUGACAUCAGUCCUUUGCCGCUUGACAACCAGGGGUACACACAAGUGCGCUUGGAUGAAGACGAGGAAGAAUAUGAGCUCCAAGCAGCUACCGACUAUUUGUUCCAGGAAGAUGUGAAUCGGAUUGAUGAUUCGGAUGAUCCUACCGCUGCCCCCAUUUCGCAGUUGGCUAUGACGAAACGUUUGCUUUCCGAGUCUCAAAAAAUUGCAUACGUUGGCUUGUGCAGCACAUUGUCGCAUCAAAUGCUUCGCGAAAUUGAAAUGUUGCAACUCAAGGAUCGUGGAGCGGCUGUACAAAGUGCCAAGGAAUGGAUUCUUCGUGUCAUGGUUCGUUUGUACCAGCAUUUGGACAUUGAGCCCACAGAGCAAGCCAUGAUCGAGUCGCUGUCUCAACAUGGCAUCUUACCCACAGACUUAUCACCUAGUCUGGUAACCACACAUACCAUCCCCAACCCAGCAUACAAUCCCAGGUUAGCACGCCAACUUGCUGCCGAAGAUGCUUCUAAAGAGACAUCCACAGCUCCGACACAUACCCCGUCGCCGUCGGAUCCGUCUGUGGCCGAGCCUACGAUACCAGAGACGUCCCAAGAGGCUUCGGCUAAUGCUUCCACUCCGGAAGCGCCUGUACUUACAGACCCCAAUUCUGCUGCUCAAAUUGCAGAGCGUCAGCAUGAGGAGGCCCCUCUCACAGCCACGACGGUCGCGCCGACGGACCUCACGACACCUUCCACGGAGCCAAUGCCUCAUUCCAUGACGCUGGAUGGCGUCACGACCGAAAUCAGUGAGACUAGCAAGACCAUAACUCUGGAUAUUCGAUGGACAGUGCUGUGUGACUUCUUCCUUGUUUUAACCGCGGACAGUGUGUACGAUGCACGUUCUCGUGUCCUUCUGGAGCGUCUUGCAGAAACGUUGGGACUAACAUGGAUGGAUGUCACAAAGUUUGAAAAGCGAAUUACAGAUGCCUUGGAGAUCGAGGAGUAUGUCCAGGCACUGGGCGAUAAGGGUGUGACAGAAAAACAUGCCAAGGCCUCACGCAAUCGCCGCAUGGUCAUGAUGGGUUUGGCGACUUUGGGUGGUGGUCUUGUCAUUGGUCUUUCUGCAGGUCUGCUGGCGCCUGUAAUUGGUGCUGGUAUCGGUGCCGCGUUGGGCGCUGUAGGCAUCAGUGGUACGUCAGCCUUUCUGGGCGGCGUAGGCGGUGCGACCAUCAUCACGACGACAGGUACGAUUAGUGGCGCCACGCUAGGCGGUCGUGGUAUGAGCCGCCGUGUGCGCAGUGUCAAGACGUUCGAGUUCCGUCCCUUGCACUACCACAAACGCGUGAACUGCAUUGUCACCGUACCGGGCUUCCUCAAAGGCCCCGAGGACGAUCCGACAUUGCCGUAUAGUGUGAUUGAUCCUGUGAUGGGCGAUGCAUUCAGUAUUAUGUGGGAGCCAGAGAUGAUGCGUGAUAUGGGUAAUGCCAUGUCGAUUCUAUGGAAUGAGACGCUUGUGCAGGGCGUGCAACAAGUGCUAGCGGCUACCGUUGCUGGUGCUAUGUUUAGCGCGCUGGCUUGGCCAUUAUGGCUUUCCAAGCUCAAUUACUUGAUUGACAAUCCAUGGUCGAACGCCACGGAGCGUGCUCGAGCAGCGGGAGCGAUCUUGGCCGACGUCUUGAUCAACCGCCAGCUGGGUGUGCGCCCUAUCACCUUGGUGGGCUUCAGUUUGGGCGCACGUAUGAUUUUCUAUGCGCUCCUAGAACUGGCCAAGAAGAAGGCCUUUGGUGUUGUGCAAAACGUGUAUAUUAUGGGCGCCCCUGUGACAGCGAAUGAGGCCGAAUGGAAGUUGGCCCGUAGCACUGUAUCAGGCAAAUUUGUCAACGCCUAUUCGAGAUCUGACUGGCUCCUGGCGUACUUGCAUCGCGCGACUGCUGGAGGCGUCCGCAGCAUUGCCGGUCUGCAUCCUGUGAAAUACGAUUGCCGUAUCGAGAAUGUCGAUGUGACACAUCUCGUACCUGGCCACUUGUCGUAUCGUGCAUUGACGCCUCUUGUGCUCGGUGAACUGGGCUUCAAGACGACGGCGGAUUACUUUGAUGAGCCAGAAGACCUGGAGAAACUGCCUGAACGAGAAGUGGUAGAGACCGAUUCGACCAAGGCUGCGACGGUCGCCGCUCCUUCCAAGUUGGCUGGGCUGACCAAUUUGUUUAAGCGUGGCGAGAAAUCGGCGCCUUCGUCGAAAGACGACGACGACUUGCCCGAGCGUCUGGAUACGCCUGUGGAUGGCCCUGAGGACGCGGGAGCACCGACAUUGGUGGCAGCGGCAGCAGCCGAAACUGUCGACACCGAGCAGGAAAGCGGCGAUGAUCUGCCGACACCUGCUACCUCUGAUCGCUCCCAGGAGGAGAAGGUGGCACAUAUCCGCGACGCUCGUGCGCGGCAAGAUGCAGCGGAGGCGAGCACGCCUGACGAUGUCACACGUUCCUCCCCUGAGCGCGAAGAGAGCGUGACGUCUUCGCAGAGUCGAGAGGCGUCGUCUGCCAACACGCCCGCGCCAUUGACAGAGAACGAUACUUCUCUUGAUCGCCCCUCUACGCCGACUCCAAGUAGCCCACGGCUAGCCACGCCGCCCACGUUGCCAGAGGCGGACGCCAUACCCCCGCCCGACAACGAGGCUGCCAACACGUCUUCCUACUCUCACUAUGGCCUAUCAUCGGAAGAAGCGCAAUCCUUAGCACGCCAAUUCCAUGGGUUGUCUAUGAGCGCUUCUACUACGCCGACCAAGAAAGCUGACGUGGGCCACACCGACGAGGAUACGCCGUGGGGGGCCUCGGACGCCAAUCCGUGGGAUUGA